CGCGUGCUGGAUCGACCAGAAAGAACCCGUACUAAUGCCGGAAAUGUGGACGGCAAUGCAGUGCUUGCACGCUGCAGCUGGCAGCGCAAUGCACCGCAUUUGCAUAUAACAAUGUUCCACGUAUUGUACAUGCUGGAGACGGCGAUACAGCCGGAAGGGUGGGAUGUUGCAUAAUUUACAUUUUCCCUGCUCACCCGAAACUACUGCAAGACAACGUUCCACCUCUUCCCUAAUAAGUUAAGCUGUUUUUUCCCGUGAUGAACAAUUGACUGUGCGUACUCUUCCCUGGAAUAGUUUCCUAUUUGCUAACGGAGUGUUCGCUUCGUAUGCCGUGCCCGUCACUUCCGGUUUGUCGCCGUGGAUAAUCCUAAAAUUUAUACCUUUUCUUUGUGCCAAAUCGAGGCGGUUAAUUGACUGAUUUGGGGAAAGCGGGAUAUAUAUAUGGGAUCACUACUAUCACACUGAUAAGAACCAGGGUUGAUGCAGCUGCGCCUGCAUGAGCGCCGCAGGUCCAUGCAGGUGGUCUCUGUUCUAUGAUUGCUGCCCGUGCAACAAUCAUGCAGCGUCGCGCAUUGUGGUGAGCACGGAAUCCGACUGAUGGCAUCUCCAGGAAUGCGCAACACCGACGGCGGAAGUUCUCCUUGUCCCCCGAGUCCCAGUCCUAUCAUCGGUCAUGAUAUCGACUCCCUGCAAGCUGAGAUCGAAUCUCUGCGGAAGAAGCUGGAGGAAGAAAAGCGGAAACAUAAUGAUCUCACACUCAACAAAAUGGCAGAAAAGCUGGACAAUGUGCCCCCGAUAUCCUGGAAACAGAGAAGAAUACUGAAAGGCCAUCAAAGUAAAGUAUUAAGCAUCGACUGGGCACAGGACAAACGGCGCAUGGUUAGUUCAUCACAAGAUGGCAAGCUAAUUGUGUGGGACGCUUUUACUUCCAAUAAAGAGAACGCCAUCUCUAUGCCCACAACCUGGGUGAUGAGCUGUGCGUUUGCUCCUUCCGGUGGCAUCAUCUGUGCAGGUGGCCUGGACAAUAAAUGUUCUGUGUUCACCUUGAGCUCCGAUGAAGAUGCGUCGCAGCGGAAGAAAACCGUCGCCACACAUACGAGUUAUUUAUCCGCUUGCACUUUCGCUCACUCAGAUCAACAAAUACUUACCGCGAGCGGAGACUGCACUUGUGCUCUUUGGGAUGUUGAAAGCUCACAAAUAAUACAAAGCUUCCAUGGCCAUGAAAGGGACGUCAUGGCUAUUGACCUUUGUCCGUCGGAAGCAGCCACAUUUGUUUCCGGAUCAAGUGACCAGACAGCCAGAAUAUGGGACCUCAGGAAUGGCGAAUGUGUGCAACAGUUUGAAGGUCACGCAGCUGAUAUUAACUCUGUGCGUUAUUAUCCCAGUGGAGAAGCAUUUGCUACUGGUUCCGAUGACGGCAGCUGCCGAUUGUUUGAUGUACGGGCGGAACGUGAAAUCGCAUAUUACGGAAAAGAUGGUCUCAUUUUCGGAGUAAAUGCCGUCGAUUUUUCCAUAAGUGGUCGGCUGCUGUUUGGCGGUUACAACGACUAUAGCGUUAACAUUUGGGAUACCCUGAAAUGCGUUCGCGUGGGAAUUCUCUACGGACAUGAAAAUCGGGUUAGCCAACUGCGGAUAUCACCAGACGGAACUGCCUUGGGCACUGCCAGCUGGGAUCAAACGAUUCGAGUUUGGGCUUAAAAAUCCGAAGUUUAACUGGACUGUUCGUUUAGCCCAAGAACAAGAAAUCUGGCUGCUGCAACUGUUGCUGCAAUUUGACCGAUCUCUGGAAAAACGUUUUACUUACGUACUCAAAGCCUUUAAAAUUUAGGACUCUCAAAUUAUAAACUCUGUUGUUAUGGUAUUUUAUUAAAGGACUAAAGAUGCUAUACAUUCGAUGCAAAUUUUCUUGUGAAAUGAAUCCCAAACUUUUAAAGCCGGAAGCAAGAUUC